AUGGAGGUGGCGAGCAACGGCGGGCUGCUGUACCACGAGGUUCAGGAGGGGAAGCUCUGCGCCGUGCACUGCGUUAACACCGCCCUGCAGGGCCCCUUCUUCUCCGAGUUCGACCUCGCUGCGCUCGCCGCCGACCUCGAUCAGCGGGAGCGCCUGGUGAUGCUCGAGGGCUCCCGAAGCCCCGGCGCGGCCAACCCUGCCGCAGGGGACUUCUUCGCCGAGGGCGAGGGAUCCCACAACGUCGCCCUCGGCGGCGAUUUCAGCAUCCAGGUUUUGCAGAAGGCGCUGGAGGUUUGGGACCUCCAAGUUAUCCCCCUUGAUUCCCCAGCUGCUGGGUCGUCCCUAUUUGACCCUGAGCAGGAGGUUGCUUUCAUUUGCCACCUGCAGGACCACUGGUUUUGCAUCAGGAAGGUGAAUGGGGAGUGGUAUAACUUUAAUAGUCUCUACCCAGCUCCCGAGCACCUGUCAAAGUUUUACCUCUCAGCUUUCAUUGACACCCUGAAGGGGUCAGGCUGGAGUAUCUUUGCAGUCAGAGGCAAUUUCCCCAAGGAGUGCCCUAUGGCAACUGAAGGCUCUAACGGUUUUGGUCAAUGGCUUACCCCUGAUGAUGCCCGCAGGAUAACAGCCUCCUGUAACCAGGUUCAAACACCUACUCAGCAGGUACAACCCUCUCUACUUGGUGAACAAUCAGAAGGGAUGAGUGAAAUGGACAUGAUUGCAGCGCAGCAAGAAGAGGCUGAUCUGAAUGCUGCUAUAGCUGCUAGCUUGAUGGACACCGGGGGUCCAUUUGCCAGCUAUAAUGCAGCUCAAGGAUCCAGCAAUUCACAAGAUGCUCCUGCUACUGAAGCAGCUCCAAGCAAAGAUAAUAACCAGGAAGAAGCUGAUAAAUCUGAGCCGAGUGGACCUCCCUUGGCGGAUGUGGUGCUGUGGAGGAGGAAGGAGCUGGCCGGCGGGAUGCUGGCGGCGGUGGUGGCGUCCUGGGCGCUCUUCUACUGCGUGCCCGGCUACACGCUGCUCUCCUUCGUGUCCCAGGUGCUCAUGAUCCUGCUCACCGUCCUCUUCGUUUGGGCCAAGGCUGCGCAGCUGCUCAACAGGGCAGCUCCACCUAUCCCAUUGAUGAAAAUUUCUGAUGAGUCAAUGAGCGGAGCAGCAGAAAUAGUUGGUAGCUUCAUGAAUAAGGUGCUCAAGGAUUUCGAAAACAUUGCACUUGGAAAGGAUUCCAACCUCUUCUACAAGGUGGCUUUUGUGUUGUUGCUGACCUCCAUAGUUGGCCGACUGACUGAUCUUAUCACUUUAGUAUAUACAGGUGCUGUUAUUGCUCUCACGGUCCCCGCAUUGCUGGAGCAAUCUGAAGAACACAUUGCCAGAUUCUUCAAGAAAGCUUCGAUAUAUGUUCAGGCAUGUGGAAGAGCGUGCAAAGAGUAUAAAUGGAAAUAG